AUGUCGGACAAUAAAACGCUAGAGGAGCGUAACACUGUGAUACGCAGAAAAAUGCUCGACAUGCAGAACUUGAAAUUAGAGCCGAUGCCCGCGGAUUCGCCGUGGCUAAGACCAGCGCGAAUGAGCUUUUACCAAAACGGCGAGAAAAAAAAUUGGGACCUAUCACGAGUCCACGACAGCGUAUCAAUAAUAAUAUUUAAUGUAACACGAAAAAAACUUGUGUUUGUACGGCAAUUCCGUCCAGCAGCUUAUUACGCUAGUCUACCAGAAAAAUUCCAAGAUAUUGACACUGCUAAGUACCCACUAGAACAGGGUCUGACCUUGGAACUCUGUGCGGGUAUCGUUGAUAAAGAUUUGCCGCUUAUCGAGAUUGCGGGGAUUGAAUUACGCGAAGAAUGCGGAUAUGAAGCACCACCAUCAGCUUUUACUCACAUCAUUACUUACCGUGACAUCGGAAGUACAACUGGCAAACGGACGAUAUUUUACGUUGAAGUGACUGACGAAAUGCGUAAGCAUCCUGGCGGAGGAGCUGAAUCAGAAGGCGAGUUAAUCGAAGUAAUUGAAAUGUCUCCGGAGGAAGCAAAUGCUUACAUAUCGUCAGGUGAAGUUCAAAGUCCAGCAGGUUUUCUCUAUGGUGUCAUUUGGUUUUUAAACGCCAAGAAGGAUCGUUAUAGUUAG